AUGGGUUCCGCUAUACUGAAAGCUUUUGUUGGAGGAGCCGUCAUUUUUGAGUGCAGCUACAGACCCGAGUACAGAGACCGGAGGAAGUACUUCUGCAAGACUGACGACACGUCUUGCUUAUCCAGCGGCAUCUCCCAACCCCCUGACAAGAGAAUCUCUCUGUUCGACAACAACAACGGGUUGUUCCGUUCUCUCUUCACUGCGCUCACGGAAAAUGAUUCUGGAAAUUAUAUGUGUAUCGUAGAGACAGCUCCAAAUGUUUACAUUAACACUACAAAGACACUGAGAGUGGAUCCAGAUCCACUUUGCAUGCAGUCCAUCGUGAAGUCGGGUUAUGUCGGUGGUGACGUCAUCAUCGAUUGUCCAUACCCACCCACCAGUAACGGCAGCGUCAAGUACUUCUACAGACAGAAGGGCAUGUCCGCUUACCCUGAGAUCGUGUCCUCUCAGUCCUCACAGCCAAACUCAAGGUAUUCCCUGGUAGCCAAAGACAACGAAACACAAGUCUCCUUGGUGACUAUCAGGAAGCUAACCCCCGCAGAUGCUGGGAGCUACUGGUGUGGAUUUAGAACCGGGGGUUUCCUCGGAGGGAUCACCAUGACAACAGAGGUGAAACUGCGUGUCUUCGGGGGUCGACUGAGGUCGACUACCGAUUAUGGAAGAGCGACAUCACCGGUGUCAAAAACGCCCCCAGUAUCAACAUCCUCACCACUGUCCAAUGUACUGAGCGUGAUCCUCGUUUUGAUCUUGGCGGUGGCUGCUAUACUGUUUGGAGGCAUGAUGUACAGGCGUAGAGUGAAGAGGAGGAGAGCGCAAGUCUCUGCCAGUCAGGCUUCGCCUCAAGGCAAUGCAGUUUCUCCAUCAGCAGCUACCGGCGCCAUGGCAAUGGCUCCAUGCGACAAGUCUGAGGACCCCAACAACCCGCAGCCUGAGCACAUUUACCUGACCGUCCUGCCAGACACCACUCCACCUGGCGGAGGAGAUUACGAGGCUACCGGCGCCAUGGCAAUGGCUCCAUGCGACAAGUCUGAGGACCCCAACAACCCGCAGCCUGAGCACGUUUACCUGAUCCCCCUGCCCGACACCACUCCACCUGGCGGAGGAGAUCACGAGGCAGGUGCACCCACCAGCAGCUCCUCUGAGAACAUCUACGAGCCCCUGAAGUUCAGCCCCUCUCAGGCUGACGGCGGCAUAUACCUCACCUUAGAUCCUAAACCAAAAGAAUAGCUAUGAAUAGUUCACAUGCAAAAACCUCUAAAUCCGCCUGACCACUGUUCAUUUGACAGAGGGUUUUUUUUCAGGCUCCUAUAAGUUUUUGCCUACAAAUUAUACAUUUUAUACAUAUUUCAGACCAUUUAGCUAUGUAUACUAUGUGGGGAGAGCAUAUUACUCACCAUAAUUAUCUCAUUUUUGACAGAUGUGGCGUUUAGAAGGUUUUGUAUCGGAACUUUUGUUCAUACAGUUAAACACUUGGGGACAGAUAAUUAGCGGGGAGUUUUCUGUCCACCUGACAUGUGAACCUGAGGUGUGUUUGAAGUACUUUAGUGACAAACCUAUGUAAGUUCACCCAGAGGAAACAAUAUAAAUCUCCGAAUAGCACAGCCACAUGGCUUAUUUCUCCUGCUGUCAUAGCUCAACAAAUAUACAACUGUAGGCCAAUGAUUUUAGAAGUUGAAGACACUUAACAGUGUAGAAUACUCCCUGAAGUAAUGGCCCAAGGAACUUAGUCAUUUAAAAAAACAGCAUUUUAUCAGACACAUUAGCCUGUUUAUUUAAACUUCCUUAUCUCAGAAAAUAAAGUAGAAACAAGUUCAAACUUCUGCAGAGUAGUUGCUGGGUAUAAUAACAUUAUUGACCUAAAUCCAAUACGGUCAGGCGGGAAGUUUUCUAAAAUCUGUUGAUUUGGCAUGGAAUGGCCUUUUUGCCAUGCUUUAUUAAAGGCUUUUUUGAUACUUUUCCAAUACAGAGUGCCUAUUGUUUUUUAUUUAAUUUGUUCACCCAUUUUAAUGUUUAGUAGAUCUCAGACACGAUCUAAUGCAAAAGUGACAUUGUAGCUUCAAACAGUAGCUGUAAUGGCAUUAGGGUUAUCCUAAACCAAAGUGCAUGCCAAUCGCUGCAAAGACAAUGUGUGUGUGUGUGUGUGUGUGUGUGUGUGUGUGUGUGUGUGUGUGUGUGUGUGUGUGUGUGUGUGAAGGCAAAUGCUAAAAAAAACCCUGCAACAAACACAUCCCCCAUUGUCAGCAGUUGGCAUUAGCCUUACCCUAAAGACAUGUGCGUGCCCAUCACUGCAAAGACAACGUUUAUGAUUGUACUGCAUGAGAGUAUACUGUGUGAUCAGAUAGAUGGUUUGAAUAACCUACAUUAUAAUCAACUGAGCAAAGCUUGAUGUUUUACAUACUCGUUAACCUUACUUUGAAGCUCUACAUUGGCUAACUAUCGCUGUGUAAAUUGUGCAUUUUUAAGUGUCUCCAAGACUAAUAUAUAAUCAGCAUAGGCUAACAAAGGGGCCAUAGAGGAGGUAUUGCAGUGCCCCCUGCAGUGUUUCUGGACGCAGUGUUGCCACAACAUUGAUAUGAAUGUUGAAUAUGAAAUAUUGACAAACGAGUAAGCAGACUUCUGUAACAUGUCGCUUUGCAUGCUGUGUAUUAGUUAGGACACGUUACACUUUACAACAACACCAAUUACAGUGGGGAUGAUUAGGGGGCCAGUUUGAAUGAGCCAGGUUGGAAAUUUAGCCAGGACACACCGGGGAAUCCCUUAGUGAUGUACAACAUUACUUUUUUCAUGAGAACGUUUGUGUGUUUGUGUUCAUGUUGUGUGUUUUAUGUGCAUGUAUGCAUGCAUGUGCAAUGGCUUCAUUAAACCUGAAU